AUGGAGGUGCUAAAUGCCCAGUUGGUGAGCUUGAAGCAGCAAGCGAUGGCAUCGAUGGGCAAUGAAGACCCUGACACGGCGAGGAGCAUUCGAGUUGGCCGACAGCUACGUGAUGAUGUACAGGCGAAUCAACAGCGGUUCGGCGAGGUCGCGUGCAUCAUGUCGGAAUUCUCCAUGUGUAACGCGCGAGCUGGGUCUCCACUGCACGACACAAUCGUAUUAAAAAGAGAUCGAGACUCACGCCGACGGAUGCUGAGGGGCAUGAAAGCUGGCAAAAUGGCGCAGGCCGAGCACUUCCUACAGCUGCGGCGGCCCAGCACAAACCUACGGAAGAUCUGCGAUGAAGGUCGGCGCUUCGAGAUGGACAACGGAGACUUUUUCUCCGAGAGGUUGACAAUAACCCAGCUUAAAGACGCCCAGAGCGUGAGGCAGAUCUACGACCUGUUGCUGUUCUACUACGGCAACCUCGAGAUCAGCAUCUCGGAGAAAAUCGGCCACAUCACAGUCCGCUUGGACGACGACAAUGGGAGCAAAAGUAUCACGCAAAAUCGACUGGUUUCAACGACGAUCAACGACCUAAAGGUGGAGUCGAACACGAGCACAUUUGCCCAGUUUCAUGAGCGUGAUGAAGCGAAGAGCAAUGCUCACGGAGACGGCGACUACGGCAUGAUCGUGAUGGACUAUGUUGAGUCGGACGAGAAGUAUCCUUACCAGCCGGGCCAGUGCAUUCGAAAAGACAUCGUCGCAGUGAUUGAAGUGCGCGAAUGCAAGGAAGCUGAUGCUCGCAAGACUGUGGUGCUCACUAAAUGGGUCCAGAACACGCUUCGCCGCCCAGACUUCCCAGUUGGGACCAAGGACUGGCACGAGCUUCGCGACCGCAUGGACCUAUUCGGCAAGACGAUGCAACGCAGUCUGGCCGAGGACUUACAUAUCGGCCUUGGGCUGCCUGUCGGCGAGUAG